UCACUUUUACAGAAACCGCAAUGGCUGAAAUCACUUCGCCACAACCAUCAAAUACACGGGAUGACAUUUUGGAUGAAAGUGAAGCCAACACACAGGAAGUUGUGUGUGAGGAAAGGGUGCAUGAUAAUGUUGAGAGGUGUCAGCCUGCAGAAGAGACAAAUGGACAGGAACCUCAUUUCCACACAGAAGAAGUAGUACAAGAAAUCAUUGAGACUCGGGAGGGAGCAGAAAGUUUAGACAGGGCGAAAGAACAAAGUGAGAGUACAAAUGAGGCUGAACAACAAGAUAAAAGAGAGGAAGUAAAAACUGAAACUGAGGAGGCAGAGGAGAAAGUUAUGGAUGGAGAUGAUACAAAUGCAGAGGUUAAUACAGAGUCUAAAAAAGACAAAGAAUCAUUAGUACAAGAACCAGAGAGACAUGCUGAAAUGUUGGACACUGGAAAUACAGACACUGAGGUCUCAGAGAUGGAUGGAGAGGGUCAGGCAUCUCAGACAGAGAAUGGUACAGAAACAGGUGCAGGUGACACUGAGAGGCAGCGAGAUGCUGAUGACGUAGAUCAGAACAUAGAGAGGAGGAGCAAUGGACAGACAGACAGAGAUGAAAGAGAAGACCUAGCAGAUGAGGCUGAGGUUGAUAGGUCAACUGGGGAAAUGGUACAGGAGACAGAUGACAAGGUUGAUGAUGGUAAGGUGGAAGAUGGAGAAAAAUCUAGUGAAGAUAAGGCAGAGGAAGAAGCUGCAGAAAAGCUAGAGGUUCAGGAUAGAAGUGAAAGUCUGGGAAAAGAGGAGACAGAGAAACCUGGGGAUGAAGAGACCCAAGAUGGUGAGAAAGAAAAUGAGUUAGAGGGUGGCGAAAAUUUAAAUGCAGAAGAGAAAGAAAAUGAGAACAGUACAGAAAAAUUUGAAUAUGGUGUGAAUGAUGAACAUAAAGAAGGUGAAGCUGAAGAACUGUCUAGUGAGACUGGGAAUAGACAAAAUGAGUCAGAGGCUGUUCAAUAUGUGAGGACACAAGGUAAUAAUAAAGAGGAUGAUGAACAGAGCGAAACAGAAGAUGAACAGGUUAGAAACAAACUUAGUGUUGAGGCAGAGGAAGAAGGGCAAGAGAAGCCAAACAGUGAGGAUGAUAAUGGAGGAGAAACCGAAAAAGUGAAAGACAAAACAAUGGAAGAUGGGGCUCAGAAAGCGGAAGAAGAAGCAGAGAUGGAGGACCAGAAGAUAGAUGAGAUGGCAGAGGGAGCAGAUAGAAAUUGUGUAGAGAAUGAGCUAGAAACGGGUGAAAAGUUGGUAGAAGAGCCAAAGAAAGAGGUGACAGAUAUGAACAAAAUUAGUGAGAAUACUUUAGAGGCAGGGGAUGGAAAAGAAGAGGCCGUUUCUGAUGAAAAUACAGCCCAAAAACUAGAGGUCAACUUUGAGGACCAAAAUGAGGAAUCCGUUUCACAGGAAGAACAAAAUGAAGUAGGUUCGAGGGGGGCACUCGAUGAUGACACAGAGGCCAGUACCAAGGAAGAAGUGGAUGAACCUGCUGGGGUGAAUAAUGACCUGCUAGAUGCUGAAAAUGGAGAGAGACAAGACGUCAGUCUUGAAGAGGCUGAGAAGGUAGAAGAAUAUCUCCAAGAGGAAACGCAAGGUAAAUCAGAGGGUGAGACAACUGGUGAUAGGGCUCAAGAAGUUAUAGAUGAUAAUGAAAAGCCAGAAACUGAUAUAGAUGCGAAAGAAGAAAAAAAACAUGAUGACAACGAGCAAGAGAUUGAAAACAAGUCAGAUGCUGAACUUGUUCCCUCAGAAAGAGAGUCUCAGUUGGGUGAUGAACAUGAGGACCAGGCCAGUGACAAUCAAAAAGCAGACAAAGAAGAGGCUAAUAAAGAAUCAGAAACAUCUGCAACAACGUUCAUAGAAAACGUAACCGCUCAGAGAACACAGGAGACAAUCAAUAAGGAUACAGAAAAUGACAUUGUCUCGGCAGAUGCCAAAGCACAAGAACCAAAUGAGUCAGAACUGAAAGGUACUGACAAUGAACUGAGAAGUAGAGAUGCUCCUGAAGUAAUGGAUGGUGAUCCAGUGGAACCUUUGGAGAGGAAAGUGAAUUCUGUAAAUAAUGAUGGUGGCUCAUCUGUUUCCCAUUCACUGAAAUCACAGCCUGUGGAGAAAGUCAAAGAUCUAGUUCUGAGCAUCGAUUCAGAAGAUCUGGCCAUUCAUUCAGAAGCUUUAACUAAAGCAGCUGGGGUGGAUCUAGUAAGUAACUGGAUUAACAUACACCAAGAAUCAAGGUAUUUUCAGACAUGUAUCGAGCCUCUUGAUGAAGAGGGUCUUAUCUCGGAAGAAACCGAGGAGAGGCUAAAUGGUGAAGUAAAUGCUACAGACGCACCAACAAGUACUGAUAUCGAGGGCCUUGAUGAAACACUCAAGAGUGGAGAUGAAAUUGCAGAUGAAACUCCUGCAAGGAAAAAUCUCAAUGAGAACACAGAGUCUGUAGUUGAAAGCUUGAAAACAGAGACCAAAGCUGAAGCCAUAGAAGCAGAUGCUCACAGUAAUCACUCCAAAGACAGCAUACAUACCUCAACCAAAGAUGAAAGAGUCCAGGAGGCUGGAGAUGCUAAAGGUUCUUUGGUCUCUACUUGGUCAAGACAGAGUAAUGAAGAACAGACCAAUCAAAAAGACAUUGCUGGACAGGAAACUUCAAUAUCAGAUGAUGUCAUAAACCUAGGGACAACAGCAACAUCUGAAGACAUUCAAGAGCGAGCACCAUCUGAAUCUGAACAUCAGGAUGUACCGACGAAUGUCGACCUAAAUGGAAAAGAGUCAGAAAGAAGUAAUCAACAAAAUAUGACUGAUGAAACCACGCAUUUAUCCCAAACAGAGGAAGCAAGUAACAAAGAGACCCUGGAGAGUUCAGAACACAAUUUGCAACCUGAACAUGUAUCUCAGACAGAGUGUAUCGAGCCUCAGAGUCCAACAAUCACAGUAAUUACAGACCUCAAAAUCAUUAAUAAAUCGGAAAACGGAAGCCAAGAUGACACUGCAAGUGUAGACUUCCAUUCCAGACAGUCGGAUGGAAACAGGAGAACGAAAGUAAUCGAUGGUCAUUUAAAACAGACUCUCAGCAGCAGAGACACUUUAAGCACUUUCUCGUUGGACGAAGCAAGGUUUUUUGGGCCCGCAGGAUAUCCAAGAUUAACAACUGCUCACACGGAGAACAGUUAUUAGAACAAUAGUAAAUCCUUCAGCUAACCCAGGGGUGUCCAAUCCUUCUCCUGUUCCGCCGAGUUUAGGUCCAACCCCAAUUACACAUAUCUGAACCAGUUAAUCAGGGUCUUCAGGAUUACUAGAACUUCCAGACAGGUGUGUCGGGGCAAGUUUGAACUGAACUCUGCAAGACAUUGGCCUUCCAGGAGCAGGAUUGGACCCAUAUUAAUGGGUUUACAAUAGUGGCACUUCCUUUUCCUUAUCAGAGACCCAUAGUGAGUCCUGUGUGCUUGGUAGAGAAGCUAUCAACAGCCCACUGAAAAUAGACACCGUAGGACUCGCACAGCACAAAUAAUUUAAUUAUUCAUGAU